AAAUGCUUCCUUUUGAGAUAUAAUUUUCCAUAAGGGACUGUGUAUGUUCGUUUCGCGGUGGACACGCCCGUGCUUGUGUUGGAACAAGCACUGUGGAAGUGUAAUCACACAAGGGAGACUCUCUCCACCUCUCUGCUGGAUCUGAGAAAAAGGAACUUGACGCUGCUGUCUAGCACAACUUGGGUGUUUAACUCCAAAAGUCAAGAUGCCAGAAACGGCAGAAGCUGUGUCAGCCACUCUCACCACCAACAGAAACUGCACCAUCGAAAUAACCAAUGUCAGCGGUAGCUACUGUCUCAUCAACCCCAAAGUAUACAUGGCGAGUGGCUUCUCUCAGCACCCACCCCAGCCUACAGUGCGUACCACCAAGACCGAAGUGUGCUCCUUCACCAAGGACGACCACACUGCUACGGGCGCUGUCGGCCUGCUGACCUAUGAUCUGUUCCAUAUGCAGAGCCGGGUUUGCUCUGAGCGCGUGGCCAUCAUGUUCUCUGUGCCCUUUGACUACAACCUGUACAAGAACCGCCUGGCCGUAGGCGUGUUUGAGCAUUCCCGUGCCUGUGACAAACACCUGUACGACCAGAUGUAUGAUGGGCAAGACCUCAGUAACUUCAGCCGCUCUGACACAAAUGGCUCUGGGCUGGAGUAUAGAGCGACAUAUGUUGAUUUGAGGGCCACAAUGUCUACUGUUGGCAAAGCCAUUGUUAAAGUGGAGCUCUACGAUAAAAUGGGUCGUUAGUGCGGAUGAGUGUGUGAUUGUUCUGCUUCUUUGUACUUUGGUGCUUUUGUACCCACAGAAUAAAUAAACUUAAUUUGAUUUGA